AUUACAAAAAAAUAAAAUAAAAUAACGCGGCUAGAGCCACCCCAGGAGAAGGAAAAGAUAUCUUGCUCAGAUCCAAAACCACAACAAGGAGAAGAGAGCGCCAUGUCUGGUCCCUCGAGCUGCAGCAUUUACAUCGGUAAUUUAGACGAGAGAGUUAGCGACAGGGUUUUGUAUGACAUUCUAAUUCAAGCAGGCCGUGUCGUGGAUUUACACAUUCCUCGAGAUAGAGAAACUGAUAAGCCCAAAGGCUAUGCUUUUGCCGAAUACGAAACUGAAGAAAUUGCCGAUUAUGCUGUCAAGCUAUUCUCCGGCCUUGUCACUCUCUACAAUCGCACCUUGAAAUUCGCGAUAUCUGGACAGGAUAAACUUGCUCAAAAUAAUUUCAAUGGGGUUGUGCCUCUUCCCAAUUCUUCUAGCAGACAAAGGCCAUCUCACCCUGUACCGAUUAAUAAUUUAGAAAUCCCUAAUCAUUCCAUGAGGUCGGCACCUAGCAGGGUUUCAGCUUACCCUGCAAAUGAUUCUCUAGCUCCUCCUGGUGUAACAAACCUUUCUAAUGGAUAUGGUUCAAAUUCCAAUGGCAACAGUAAUGAUAGUGAUCGAAGACUUUUUGGGUCUGCAGUCAAUGCCAUUAGCCGUUCUAGGUCUCGUUGGUAUGAUACAAGUAACCCUAUGCCAUAUUCCUACUGAUUUUCCAAUAGAAGACCUUGUAGGGUGCAAAGUCUUAUCUGUCACACUGGAAAGUCUCUUUGGUUAAUCAGUCAGGUGUAGUUUGUUGUGAAUAUGUAGAAUGUUUGCAGAAAAUGAUUUCUUGCCCGCUGUCUUUUGCCUCUAAUAGUCUGAUUGGAUGAGUGUUUGUUUCUUCAUUUGCUCGCAUUGUUGUUGUUUUGUAUUCGGUGACAGUUUAUUUAACUAAAGUGGAUAGUAACUUAAACCCCAACAGCUAAGUUCUUCCUCAUUGCUUUAUCUACCUCCUCUUUCAUGGAUGGUGUUGGUCCUUUCAAUUUUCUGUCAAUUCAUUUAUACUUUUCCCAUUUAACAGGAGGAGUCAAAUGAGGGUCUAGAAUGGAUAUCUAGUGGUCUUAUAGCAUCCCACCACAAAUAAUUAAAAAAAAAAAACAACAGAGAGAGAGAGGAACUGGAGGUCCGUGAUGAUAUUGUAUUAACUUCAAUUCUUGGGCCAUUAUGUCCAAGACUGAGUUAGUUACUGAUUACAUUGUUUAUUGCACAUGUUUUGUUUAACCUUUCAUCAUGUCCUACCUGUUGAUUUUCAUAAUAAUAAUAAUGAUUUUUCGGUUUAUUCUUAAUUAACUGGAGUUGUUUCUUCCCAUCUAUAACUGCUUCUGAUUUGAUAUUUGUUUGCAACUGUUUUACACUAGUAAACCUAGUUCCAUUUUUAUUAACCAGAAAUGUUUUUGUUGUUGUUGGGAUGCCUUAUUUGCUGAGAAUUAUCAAUUCAAGAUUUAUUUCAUCAAUUAUUGGCUAAAGCUGUUUAGAGUGAUGCUCGUGAGCAAAAUAACCACCAUUAAGAAAAUCAUUUUGGUUCACAAAAAAAAGUACCUAGCCCACUGUGGGGUUGUUAUUGAUAUUGAAGGAGCAUUUGUUAAGUGCUUUCAGUCUGAAAAAAGCGUCAACUUGAUGCUUUCUUGGGUUAUUUUGAUGUUUUUCA